AACUUCCCACUUAUUGUCACGUGACCGAUUUUAGUUCACUUCUAUCUCGUAUCAGAAAUAGAAGGCGCAAGUUGGCUUCUUUUCCAAGAGAGAGUUUGCGCACUCUGGUCAUACAAUUUAUCUUGAGGGAUGGCACCAAGAUAUGAAUUGGCUGUUGGGCUCAACAGGGGUCACAAAACGACGAAGAUUCGUGUGGCGAAAAACAAAUCCGAAAAAGAGAAAACUCUCUGUAUUCGACCAGCCAGAUUAAAAGGGAAACAAACCAAACACAGUAAAUUUGUGAGAGAUUUGAUCCGCGAGGUCACAGGACAUGCUCCUUAUGAAAAACGAGCUAUGGAGUUGCUAAAAGUGUCAAAGGACAAGCGUGCUUUGAAAUUUUUGAAGAGAAGGCUGGGAACUCACAUUCGUGCUAAGAGGAAGCGAGAAGAGCUUGGAAAUAUCUUGGUACAGAUGAGGAAAGCAGCUCAUCAUUAACUUUUUUUAAAUAUGUAAAACUAUUCUCAUUACUUAAAUAAAUCAAUAUUUCAAAAUAACAAA